AUGGCUUCGUGGCGCUUAGACGACAAGGUGGCCAUUGUGACGGGUGCGGGCAACGGUUUGGGCAAGGAGUAUGCCUUGUACUUGGCGUCUCUGGGCGCCAAGGUCGUGGUGAAUGACCUUGGUAGCAGUACCACAGGGAGCGGUAGCUCCAGCUCAGCAGCAGAUGCUGUGGUCAACGACAUCAAACAGGCCGGUGGUGAGGCAGUUGCCAACUACGAUUCGGUGGUCGAGGGCGAGAAAAUCGUGCAGACGGCCAUCAACACGUAUGGCCGCGUGGACAUUGUAAUCAACAACGCGGGCAUUCUCCGCGACGUGUCUUUCAAGCGGAUGUCAGAAAAGGACUGGGAAGCAGUGUACCAGGUUCACCUGAAAGGUGCCUUUAAGGUCACUCGGGCGGCCUGGCCCCAUAUGGAGACCAACGGCUACGGCCGAAUUGUGAACAUCACCAGCCCCGUUGGACUCUAUGGCAACUUUGGUCAAGCCAACUACGUAGCAAUGAAGAGGGCGCUAGUGGGCUUCACCCUGACUUUGGCAUUGGAAGGUGCCAAGAAACAGAUCAAGGCCAAUGUGGUGGCGCCUUACGCGGCCUCCAGGAUGUCGAAAACCGUGAUGUCAUCAGAGAUGCUCGAAGCGCUGCCUGCUGCACCUGUGGCCAAGUUCAUUGCCUUUCUGUGUCAUGAAAAGUGCCCCGAGUCCGGUGGUAUUUUUGAGCUGGGGGGCAACUGGGUGUCGAAGGUGCGAUUGCAGCGUUCCCGCGGAGUGCAAUUCCGCGAUGGUUUCGAUUUGGAGGACAUUUCUGCGCACUUCAAAGAAAUUUGCGACUUUGGGGAAGGUUCUGAAUUUCCUACAGAAGGUAUGUCAGGCAUGGGCCAUGCAAUGGCUGCCCGACAAAAAAGACCUGACGGCAAAACUGAAGCGAAGCUUUGA